AGUAAGGUAAAGCACCAUACGGUGUGGUGUUGGUGAAGUGGUGGUGGCCAUAACACUUUCACUUUGAUAAAGUUGAUUUGAAGUGCAAGACCAGCGAUAUUUUCACUUUCGGAGUACUUCACGAACGUUUCAACAUGAAAUCUCAGACUCUUGUACUGUGUGCGUCGCUUGCCAGUGUUUUGAUACUUUUAGAACAGGGCUUAAAUGUUAAAAGUCAACAGACACCAGCUAUAGAUCUUCCGGUUGAACUCGUGGGAUUCCCUGUUAUCAUCGUAGCCGUCAAACUGUCCAACUUCGUUAAAAAACUGGCCUACUCCUUAAACCCAAAAACGUAUACUGGAAGAGUUAGAAGAUCCAUCUCAGUAGAAGAAAAUGAAGAAGAAUUAAUAGAUCUGGACGAAGCUGAGAGAAGACUGGUGUCAGAGUUGGGAGAAAAUGUUUGUAUUUACACAAGGGUUUGCUUAUACCACGCUGGAAAAGCCAUAAAAACGAAAUCAACUAGAGACUAUCAACUAGACUGGGGUGAAAUAUUCAGCAAUUAUAAGACUUCAGCGGAAAAACAAAAGGAAUUUUAUCUUCUCAGUGUAUUUUUAGGGGAUAUAGUCGCUUCUCCGAAAUUCUGCAAUGGCUUAGCGAAACGAGGACGUGCGUGUAAAGAUUAAUGUCUGACGAUAGAAUAUUGUUUAUAAAUUAUUAAUUAUGUAGUUAAUGUCUAGUGCCCGUUUAAAAUUUCCCAUUAGCAAUUACUCAAUGGCCGAUUGCAGAAGUAUUACAUUGUAAUUAACAUUUCUAACGUGAGUCAAGUCAAUGAAUGUUGCAUAAUGUGAUUAUAAUGAGCAAUUUUUAAACGGUUCAAGUUCAAUUUCUAAGAUUUCGUGGUGAAUUAGGCAAUUUUAAAAGUGAUGAUUGCAAAAUAUUCUAUAUGUAGACGAAAGGUCAAAAUAAGGUUUCUCUACUGAAAAUUUGAAACCAAAAUUGUAAAUAGCCGUAUAGUUUUAUCUUAUGUGCCAACGCUUUUAUAAAUAUUAAUUAUUGA